AUGACCGGCGCCCCGAACGACGACGGUCUCAUCGAAAGCAACUAUGAUCAAAUCUGCGAGAACUUUGACCAGAUGGAUCUAAAAGAGAAUCUGCUCCGCGGAAUCUACUCGCACGGUUUCGAGAAGCCAUCGGCCAUCCAGCAACGUGCUAUCGUCCCGGCUUGCACCGGAAGGGACUUGAUCGCUCAGGCCCAGUCGGGUACGGGCAAGACGGGCACGUUUUCAAUCUCCGUCCUCCAGAGGGUUGAUGAAAACGAAAAGGCCAUCCAAGCGCUGGUCCUUGCUCCAACCCGCGAAUUGGCCCAACAAAUCCACAAGGUCAUGACCGCGCUGGCUAACUACCAAAAGAUCAAGAUUCACUCCUGCGUCGGAGGUACUGCCAUCAGGGAUGAUCAUCGCGCUUUCGAGUCGGGUGAUGUGCAAGUGGUUGUCGGCACCCCGGGCCGUGUUCACGAUAUGAUCGAGAGAGGUCAUCUUGCUACGGACAAGAUCAAGAUGUUCGUCUUGGAUGAGGCCGAUGAGAUGCUGUCCCGUGGUUUCAAGGAUCAAAUCUACGAGAUUUUCAAGACCAUGCCAACGGGAGUUCAAGUGUUUCUGCUCUCUGCCACACUGCCGGCGGACGUGCUCGAAGUGACGAAAAAGUUCAUGCGGGAUCCCAUCCGUAUCCUCGUCAAAAAAGAAGAACUGACCCUCGAGGGUAUUAUUCAAUACUACGUUGACGUCGGCAAAGAGGAACACAAGCUCGACGUGUUGUUGGAUCUCUAUGGUGCGAUCAGCGUCACUCAGGCAGUCAUCUUUGCGAAUACACGACGCCGGGUGGAAGAGCUGCAGGCUGGGUUGACGAAGGAAAAAUACACCGUUUCUGCGAUCCACGGUGACAUGGCCCAGGCGGAACGAGAGAACAUCAUGCGGGCCUUCCGAUCGGGCAGUUCGCGCAUCUUGAUCACGACAGAUCUGCUGGCGCGUGGAAUCGACGUCCAGCAAGUCUCGCUCGUCAUCAACUACGACUUGCCCAUCAAUCGGGAGAACUACAUUCACAGAAUUGGCCGCUCUGGACGCUUCGGUCGCAAGGGUGUCGCAAUCAACUUCAUCACCCCGAACGACAAGCAGCAGAUAGAUGACAUCCAAACUUUCUACAACACACUGAUCGAUGAGCUUCCCGAUGGUCUUGAGCAACUUUUGGCUUGGAAGCGGAUAUCCAUGGAGCCGUCUUCUUCCGGCGCGCCAGGCUUUCGACCACCCGGCGGCUACUCGAUGCAGCCCCCCAACCAGCUGAUGGGCCAGCCUAUGAUGGGCGAUGGCAUGAACGGAAUGCAGCUUCAAAUGCCCUACGACUUUCAAUCUGCUCCGCAAGGCUAUGUGCCACCAACGAACGUGCAGCCGCUGCUCCACCUACAAAUGCCUGCCAUGCCGGGCUGUUCUCAGCCUGCACCACAGCACCCAGCCGGCGCUCAACACGCUGACUCGUUUCUGCAAAUGCCCGGAGUCGUCCCCCAAUCGCCGACGGAAAUCCCGAACUCGCCCGGCUGCGGCGGCCCGAUCCGGAAGCGUCGGUUUAGCAGCGCCAAGAUUCAGCCGACAAGAAUCAAGAAAGUGAUGCAGUCGGACGAGGAGAUUGGUCGCAUGGUAGCGUCCGUGCCGGUUGCAAUCGGUAGAGCCAUGGAGCAUUUUGCCGAGAAAUUUCUGCAAGCUUCCUCGGCAGCAAUGGCGGGACUGAAUGGCCGUACGCUGAAUACAGCUCACAUGAAAAUGGCCGUGCUCGCGAACCCGCACUACCGAUUCCUCGAGCCGAUUUUCAAGGAUAUCGCGCUGCCGUUGAAGCACAUCCAGGAGAUGCCGUUCAAUGUUUGCCAGGUACCGCCGAUGUAUCAGCAGGGCGGCGCACCAUUUCCGCCAAUGGGCCUCGGCACUCCGUCACCAUCGUCGAACGAUUUUGCGAUGGGCAUGGCGUUUCCGAAUUUGAGUCAAAUACCAUCGACCAGCAUGGUUCCGUUGGAGCAGCCAGUUCCACAGCAAGCCGCUCCGGUUGAACGUCGUCGCGUCAGCAAUGGCAAAGUCAAGCAAGAGUUGGCCCCUGGCGAGAAGCCGAAGCGCGGACGUCCACGAAAGAUCAAGGAGGAGAAGCUGAUCGAUGACCACCUUGCCGACAUACCCACUGAGCGGGAGCUUAUGCCACCGCCACCGUUACCGAUAAUGCUACCGCGAAGGAAUGGUGCUCAAAAUGUCGCUCCACCACUUCCCAGCGAGAAUGGCAUCAAGCUGGAACAUGAGGCUGUCCCGAUCGAACAGCCACUUCCGGCCAACGAUUCGGCAUCACCCCGGAUGGCUCGCGGCAUGCUGCAGCGCCAGAAUUCGCAAGAUCACGGCGAUGACAAA